GUCUAUAAUACAAAUAAAGUAUUUAAAAAAGGUAAUGAACCUUAUUAAAAGUCAGGUUUACGAGUGCUGGGAUUUUCCCUAUCAGACGUGCGCACGCGCACAAACGUUCAUAAUUGUCAGUCAUAAAUACAACGCGAUGAAGAACGGACGUGUGGCGGUUAUUAUUUUAAUUGCAAUAUCAGUUACGAUAGUCGAAUGCAAAGUGUUUACAAGAUGUCAAUUGACCCGCGAACUCUUAAAGAAUGGAUUCUCAAGGACGUUUAUUAGUAAUUGGGUAUGCUUGAUAGAACAAGAAAGUGACAGGAAUACAUCAGCAUAUCUUGCGAAGACACCUAGAAGAAAGUACUAUGGACUUUUCCAAGUAACUCUCCUUGAUGAAGACAUCCGCGACGACGGUGUGUGCGCUCUGAAAGUUUUCGAACAAGAAGGAUUUAAGUACUGGUCGCGUUGGGAAGCGCGUUGUAAAGGACAAAAUUUACCUGAUAUAGAAAAAUGUCCAGAUUGGCAAUACCCAACUAAUCGUGCUUCUCCGCCGAGAGAUAAACGUACUUUAAGAGGUCGAAGAUCAGCUUUAAGAAGAAAACGUUUUAGUUUAUAUUUGGAGCAAACCAAAGCGUAAUAGUAUUGUAUUUAUAAAAUUGUUAUCUGUUUAAUACUUUUUAGUACAAAUAAAUUUAUAUAAAUUAA